GAGAAUCCCCCAGUGCACAGGGUCGAUAGAUAACCGUCAGUCUCUGAUGGUCCAUGUAAACUCUGUGGGAACAUCUUUGGGGCAUCGUGGAGACGCUGACAAGGAUUAUUGGCUUAAAUUGCCGUAAUGCGGCUAGAAAAUCAAGUUCACCCCUCAAGUGUACUGUGACAAUCGUCGGUUUAACCUUUGAUUUUUUUGCUUUCAAUCACGUUCUCUCAUGACUUUGGAAACUACUUCAAGCUCCCCUACAGUCGUUAGUCCAAACGUUAGCACGCUCAACCUCGAUUCUUCUACUCAAGGCUCGGACGCCGAAAAGCAACUUGAACCUGUAACCGAAAGGCUUCCAGAACUCGAAGUGCCUCCAGAUGGCGGAAUACAGGCAUGGCUCAGCGUCUUCGGAUGUUUUCUAGUGUACUUCUGCACACUUGGACUCAUCAACGCUUUUGGCGAAUUCAAUGUUUUCUACACGGAUGACUACUUAUCUAAUUACUCCCCCACGCUCAUAACCAUGAUCGGUGCACUACAAGUCUUUGUUCUCUAUUUCCUUGGCGCCUGGGUAGGCCCAAUAUUUGAUGCAUAUGGACCGCGCUAUCUGAUCCCAGCCAGCGGACUUGUUAUGGUCUUUGCGCUGUGCAUGUUGUCUAUCACACAACCUCACCGUAUCUGGCAGCAGUACUUGACAGAGGCGAUCCUGCUAAAUGGUGGAGCAGCAUUCAGCUUUUAUCCUUCGAUGGCUGUUAUUGGGCAUUGGUUCAAGCGGCGUGCUGCAUUUGCAUUGGGUUUUGUAGUUGCUGGUUCUGGUGUUAGCGGUAUUGUGUUUCCAAUCAUGAUCAACAAACUCUUACCAAAGAUUGGCUUUGCAUGGACCGUGCGCGUUUGUGCACUCAUUGUAUUUGUCUGCUAUACUAUUGCAACAUUCACCAUCAAAACUUGUCGUUCAAGCAAACCUUUGCCCAACAGUUUAUUCAAGGUUCUCGAUUUUGGCGCAUUCCGGGAUCUACGAUUCACGACCUUUGCAAUUGGCGCCUGGUUUAGCACGUUCAGCGUUUUCAAUCCUUACUUUUAUAUUGCAGAGUACUCGACGGCCAUGAAUGGCCCUUCAAGCAUCUCAGCAUAUCUACUUGCCAUUAUCUGCGCCCUUUCAAUAUUCGGUCGCAUUCUUCCUGGGCUUGUUGCGGAUAAAUGGGGAAGGUUCAAUACAAUGACGGCUUUCACUGCUAUUAGCGGCAUUCUCGUUCUCGCUCUCUGGUACACCUCAAUCUCACGCACGAACGAGAUAGUCUUUUCUGUCUUAUAUGGCUUUGCCUCGGGCCCAUUCUUCACGCUACUUGCAGGCUGCGUCGCAGCGAUAACUCCCAUCGAGAAAAUUGGUGCGCGGAUAGGUAUCCUCUUCGCCUUUCUCUCGACCGGCGCGCUUGCAGGCUCACCUAUUGGCGGUAUCUUCGUGAAGACUCAAGACCGCGAGAAUUUCCAACACCUUAUUUUAUACACGGGAAUCAUGGCCCUCGCAGGAUCAUUCUUUUUUGGCCUUGCCCGCUUUCAAUGUAGUCGCAAGCUCUUUGUGGCUGUAUGAAGUAAUCAAUACACGUGCCAAAAUAUUCCGAAGAGCCCAUCUGUUACUCCAUCCGAUCAUGCUGAGGAAUACCCCCUUUCGUUUGGGUUCAGCGCUGAUUUUAACCCCAUCUUACAGAACGAAACAAUUAAUAUGGGCAAUGCCUGGUGAUGCCCUUGGAGAUCGGGAAGUCGGUUCGUUGAUGCUCACUCCCCCACGGCACUCCCCCACGGUCUCUCUCAAUGCCACUUGAGCAUGUCCGCACUCAAAGGCUCCGUGGUUCUUGGACAACGCUCUGGAACAUUUGUCCAACUUAAUU